AUGAGUUGGCUAACAAAUUUUUUGAGAGAUGUCUUUUCGCCACAGUGUAAAGGAGUUAACUUCAAGAAAAUUGUUGAAGGACGUAUUCGCGACGCUGGUCUUUGGCACGACCGUGACGCUUAUGGUAUUCACCCAAUAGCGAAAAUAUCCAUAGUUUGUUUUCUAAGUACAAAUUUGACACAAAUAGUAGCGCUUUUGUUGGCCAAAGAUGAUCCUAAGGCACUUUUUGCUGGCAUUAGCAUUUUGUCAUUUUGCAUGAUGGGUUUCUUAAAAUUGUGGUCACUCUUAAGUAAUGAGAAAAGAUGGCGCUCUAUUAUUAACCAAGCAUUGUCAUUGGAAAACGAACAAUUAAAUAACUAUUCCCCUUGUGACUAUGAAUCUGAUGACGAAGAAAAACACAGUUUUACUAAGCACAUCGAUUCUUAUACGAGAGAUAUAUUUUUGAUUUCAUGUAAUUUAACACGAAUCUACAGCUUCACAGCCGUGGUAUACAUUGUGUCUCCGUUCCUUGAAUACGCAAUAUACAUGAAGACAGGGCAAGAUAUUAGUAGCAUGCCGCAUAUAUUGCCAGAAUGGUCGCCUUUAGAUUCUUACACAGUCGGAUACAUUGUGACGAUUUUAGUAGAAGUUGUUGCAGCCCUUUAUUGUGUUAAAGUGCAUAUAGCUUUUGAUUUGACUGCGGUAGGUUUGAUGAUUUUCAUUCGUGGGCAGUUCUCUUGCCUACACAAAUACAGCGAGCUAAUAGGGGGACAAGGAAAGUCGUCUAAUUUGGAGGAAAAGAGAGAUAAACGAGCUUACUACAGGAUAAUUAAAUGUCAUAGCAUUAAUGUUUUAUUAAUAAAUACCGUUCAUGAACUUGAAAUACUACUUCGAAACAUUUUGGGCAUAUAUUUCUUUGUGGCGACACUAACGCUCUGCUCUGUUGCAGUACAGUUGAAUGAGGACCAGGUUAGCACGACGCAAUUGAUAUCUCUUUUACAGUACAUGGGCGCGACAUUAACGCAGCUGUUCCUGUUCUGUCAUUACGGAGACGCAGUAUUAAAUGAGAUUUCUGUUAUACAAGGCCAAGGUCCAUUUUGCUCAGCAAGGUGGUGCCUCAGCCCAAAGGUUCAUCAAGAGAUAGCCAUACUUGGAGCGGGAAUGUCUCGUCCUUACAGACUACGCGCUGGACCUUUUAAUUCACUCGAUUUACCAUCGUUUAUUCAGAUUAUUCGCACAGCCUACAGUUAUUACGCGUUUUUACGUCAAACGUAA